CAAGUUUGAUGAAAGUGGGGAAAGGUCGAUGUGGUAACGUCGACGACACGAGAGUACAUAAAGGCCGAGGAUCGGUCGAGGAGACAGUGGAAAAAGGUGGCUAGUUAAACAGAGAUGUCCUUCAAAUUGUUCUUGUUUCUGUGUGCCAUUGCGAUCGAUCUUGCGAUCCAGAAACCGAUGUGCGUACCGGGUAAAAAUUUCUUCGAUGGUUGCAAUACGUGCACCUGUACCGAUAACGGAAGUUUCAUCUGCACCCUGGCUGCUUGCGAGGACUACGACCCCGAAACUGACACGUUCGUACCAGUGAAGAUUUUAGAACCUCCGUCCGAUUUUUGGCAAAAUUCAUAAUGUAACUAUAUAUAUAUUUCUGUUUGAUGUACUUUAAGACCGUCUAUUACAUACGUCGAUCGUACAUACAACGACUUGUUCCAGGACGGAAAUUGCGAAAAAUGGCAGCGUGUCAUUUUAUAUUUCAACGAAAGAAAGAUACGAAUGAGAAAAGAGAAUAAAAGUUGAAAAUAAA